AUGAAGAAGGAAGAAGAGCUGAAGGCCAAGUAUAAAAUGCCGAAAGAGCAAUUCCUCAGCCCCGCUGCUGAAAUGCAUGAAUCCAAGAACAAAACUGGAAAAUCUGGUAGCGGGUCGUCGCUGGCGUCGAUGUCGUCGAUGACAAGCGUUAAAUACACUGAUGAGGAAGAGUCGACCGGCAACCAACAACCGGGAUCCAGGCUAGACGAACCGAUCGAAGUGAACGAGGACAAGUUUUUAGACAGCGAUUCAAAGUACAUUGUACUUAAUCCAGCAAAGUAUAUUCUGAAGGAGGAAAAAGGUUUAGAUCCUAGUGGAAUCGACGAUUUUCUAGAGGACGUUCAAUCGGUGGAUGAAAAGAAGGAAAAGAUACCGAGCAGUAUGGAACCGUGGUAUGAAGAACUAAAGAAAAUAUACGAUUGGAGCGAGGACGAAACGAAAGUUAAGCCCCGAAUUAAAGGAGAUCAGAGAAUGUAUUAUGGAGCCAAUGAUAAAUUAGAAUCGAACGAUAGGACGCCCGAGCCGUUAAAAGAUCUAGCCGAACUUCCAACAAGCCAUCGUGAAACUGGAAGACCCGAAAUCGCUGAGAGGAACAAUCCUGUCGCAGCUGCGUCAUCCGGCUGGUACGAAAAUGCGGCCACGAGCAACGUUUCCCAUAGUAAUUAUUUCGCUCUUAAAAGCACGGACGAUAUGUUUAAAGGCGGGUCGGAGCAGAGUAACAGCACCGGAGAAAAAUUACGAGGACCGAGCGCUAUCGGAACCGCCGCUGAAUGGCAAACACAAAAGGUGAACGGAGUGAGGAACGGCGCGGCCCCAGAGAAAGAUGCCGCGGGCUGGUCAUUAACGAAUCGUGGGCAAUAUAUUGACACAGAUUCGCGUUCUCCUUACGAAAACCGUAAAUAUCUGGAAUCGCAGUUUCCACGUAGUCGGGAACACGUUCAAAAUAUAGAUAGCGAGAAGCAGAUACUUAUUAGUUCGGGGGACUUGCACGAGUCCUUUGUGGAACCCGUGGAAUGGAUCGACGACUUUGACAGGGACAUACGAGUGAGACUCAGCAGAAGUUUGAAAACCAUUGAAACUAGUUCAGCCGCGUACGCCGAAUCAAACACAAUCAGACAAGAUAAAAAUGUAAUCAAUAGUUCUAUCGAUACUGUUUGUAACGCAACUUCAAGAUCCGAAGAGUCGAAAGUUGAUGUCGCCACGCAAACUUCUGCGGGCGUGCAACAACUGCUUGAAAACGAUGUCAGAGUUAAGAGAGAUGCCGCGUUUCGUUAUAACGCCUUCUACGACGACGUGAAUCAGCGUAAUCGUGAUCUUCAAAACAUGGAUUAUACUCGGUAUUUAAGAAACAAUAAAAUGAACAAUAAUCCACGGUUUUCGGACUCGUACGAAGACAUGGAACAACUUUCUAACAAUCAAAAACUUUCUUACUCGAACCAACUGCCGGACGAUUACUACUUGGACGACGCUGAUGAUGAUUAUGAAAAGGUUGCUAGGAGUCCAGUUCCGAAAAAGAAAAAGCACGACAAGAAGAAGGUACAAAAGAAAAAGAGAAAAGGUCAUACCAGAGAAUCAAGUAAAAGCCGUAGAAAACGGAGACAUCAUAAAAAGCAUUCCAACGAUUCUAAAACAAAAAAUCACGAAAAAAAGCAUAAGAAGAAUGCGUCCAAGAGCACAAGCCAUCACACUAACGUUAAAAAAAGCAAAGCUGGUUCAAGCGAGGAGAAAGCUCAUAAAGAAAGAAAAGCACAUCAUGAGAAAGUAAAGAAGAAGGAUACGAGCGUGGACAGAGAUAGUCAGAGAAGAGGAAUCUCCUCGCUUCUAAUAGCUGAUAACGUGGAGGAUGAAUCACAGAUGGAUUCAGCUCUUCAUGGUGAACUUGCUGGGAGGAUCGUCGAACACAUUUUCGACCAGGUGCAGAAAAAUGAUGCUUUAAAAGUAUCGCUGGGCCCAGGUCUUUAUCAAAAGCACAAAACUAGAGACACCGUGGAGGCCGAAAAAUCGUUCAGUCAGAGCAUGGCCAAUGAUGAAAUCAAGCACACGGAAGAACUGUUGAAUAAAAUUAUGCUCCUCUUGAAUCGAUUGAUCUUUGACGAGGUACAGAGAAAGACUUGCAUUUCUCUACCACCGGAUUUACUGGAAUUUUUGGAUUGGAUGCUGGAUGUGAAUCCACAAGAAAGAUCGAUGGGACAGGUAUAAAAUAUUCAAGUCGCAGGUGCGGUAGAAAAAUCAUCACAAAAUUUUUAAAAAUAUUGUCCGCAUCAGCCACCGACGCUGCCGCUAAUAAGCGCAGGAGUGGCGCAAACUAUCCCGCAGGACAAAUUCCUUUUUCAAAGCUACCCAGUUCAGGAAAUGGAGGCAGAGGUCAACGAAUUGUACGUAAAGAUUCAGACAAUACAAAAACUGAUAAAGGAAUACAGCACCCUGGAGGAAAAGGACAAGGCGAAGGUCGAGUCGAUCCAGGAUUAUCUGGCGAAACAACUGGAUUUGUUACUGGAGUACAUCGAGUCGAAAGAAGAAGCGGAGAAAAAAGGGGAGUCUCCGUCGCCGAAUGGAGAACCUAAGGUGAACGGUGGAAGCGUUCUUCAGGAUCAAGUAGGAAUGAGUAACACGAGUAAUGGAAAUUAUUCAACGAACCCGGAUACU